GGUCAGAAAAAGUGCGGUCACAUUGUAUUCCACAAAAGAAAAAUAACAAAAGAAAAGGAAGAAAAGCUAUUUCUUUUCGCCAAAUUAAAAGUCAUGUAGCAAACAAAAAGCUACUGCGGAAACAAACCAAACAAAGCAAUGUCACUGCGGGCGCUCCGAAAGAGAGAAACAGGCAGUAGCUACGGCAAUAAUAACAACCAUUUAGCACCUGUAAGAACUUCUCAAGCAACACUCUUCAAGAAGGCCAGCACAGCAACAACGUCACCGAAGAAAUCGUUGCUUAAAACUGGGAGCUCGAGCCGGGGAUCGGACAAAAAAAAGUUGUUCCGGCAGCGGAAGCUACUCGGUCGAAAGUGUCACUCGAAUCCUGACCUGCGACAAGUGGGGAAGUACCAAAAUAACAGCCUGUUGCGCAGCAAAUCGGAGGGGGAUGUUAGUGUAGUCCUGGCCAAUUCCGGUGCUCCGUUAACAGUGGCCAACGCUAAAUCAGAGGUGUGUCUGCAGAGAAUUAGUUCUCACAGUUACGAACAACAUUCGAGAACUGCAAUAAAUAGAAACGAUAUGCUAGGCGGUGCUCGAUCACACCGCGACUUGACGCAGUCCUCGUAUGGCCACCAGGCAGGAGGCCAUGGUGUGGACUUGGAACCCAGCACUAGAGCGCCGCGUCGCAUGAGUGAAUGCAGUCUCGGCUACAGUCAAUCCAGCUCCAGGCAUACAGGCUCCAAUUCUAUGUUCGCGAGUCAGAUGACACUCUCCUCAGGAUCAGUGGUUCCCCCCGUUGAUCCCAAUGCCGUGCUGAGGGUCCCUAUCAUCGGCUACGAGGUGAUGGAGGAGCGGGCGCGCUUUACUGUCUACAAGCUGCGCGUCGAGAAUCCAGAGACCAACGACUGUUGGCUUGUAAUGCGGCGGUACACCGACUUUGUGCGGUUAAAUGGCAAGCUUAAGCAGACUUUCCCGAAUCUCACGCUCAUGCUGCCGCGAAAGAAGCUUUUUGGCGAUAACUUCAAUGCCGUCUUUCUGGACAAUCGCGUGCAAGGCUUGCAGAUCUUUGUCAACUCAGUGAUGGCAAAGGAGGAGCUGCGCAAAUGCAAACUAGUGCGGGAAUUCUUUUGCCUGGACGAACCACCCUCUUACUCCGAGUCCAUGGAGGAGUGUCGGGCAAUUUUCGAGGCGCAAGAAGAGACAAUUGUCCAUCUAAAGCUACAGAUACAAAACAAAAACGAUCUCAUACUCAGUUUGCAACAAAAGCUGCGCGAAGAGAUGAAUGAGAAGGACCAGCUUAGAGAGGCUAUGAAAAAUUUGGACCUCAAUUGUUCGCAUUGCUCCUCGGCCAACGAUAGUCUGGGCCUGAAUUAGACACCCGCCGAACCCAGGUGGUAACCCAAAUCCAGUUGGACGUGCGUGUGUGUACAACAUUAUGCUGAGCAUAACUCUACGCACUCGCACCUAUAGUGGAACACAUUCAUAUCCAAUCCAAUAAUCCAAACCAAGUGCAUAUCUAGGGGCUCGCCCCGUUAGUGCUUUAGUAUUCUAAUCUAGACAUAGAUGCUAGCAAGUGCUGCCCAAGCUGUUACUGAAUGGAAUACAGUAGUAUAUUUUUUAUAUUCGUUUAUGGGCAAACCUACAGUUAGGAAUGAAUUAAUUAGAUUAAGUGUAUACGAUAUGUUAUGCAAGCUCACAUACAAAAUAAACCUAAGGCACAAUUUAUUAUUCAACGAAAA